GAUAGCCACUACAUGUUUCAUGGAGAUCACUAACAAAGGACCAAUUACAUUUGCACGCGGGGGUUCAAGACUCGUGAACCACUUGGCAAGACGAGGACCUAAAGACGUUGUGCUUGCUGCUCUAACCAGACCGCUUUCGAGUCCGUUGUGGGUCACUCUAAACAUGUUCUUGAGUUGCAGACAUGGCCUGGUUGCCUUUCUUGUGAUGGUGUAUCAUGGGGCAGUUGUAAUUGAAGCAAGCAUAAAAUGCUUCUGCAAUACUAAUGCCUGUGCACAAAGGAACUCAUCGACAUGCAUUGCCAGUUAUGCAUGUUACGCAGAGAUGUCCAAUGAGACUGCAGCAUAUGGUUGUAUACACAAAGUACAUCAUAAAAGUCUCUGUGAGAGACGAGAGAGGUCAAAAGUGUUCAAAUCUAAACCUUAUCUUCUAGCAUGCUGUUAUAGACGGUUAUGUAAUAAACUCCACUAUAGAGGUAAACRCUGGAAAUUUCUUCACACAAGAAAAUCAUUUCGACAGAAGAACCAACAAAGAACAAGAAAUGACGAUAUAWUACCCAAAUCCCUUGAACCAUUGGGACAAAUGUCUGCAAAAGUCCUGUCAAUCAUCGCUGCUGGAGGCCUAUUUACAUUAAUAUUAAUCAUCGCAUGCGCAGUAUACAUUUUGUGCUACGAUGAAAGGACUAAAAUUAUCCAUAGUGCUUUGCAGGAGACUCACRUUAGUAAGGCUUUGAUUACUCACUCAAGUGCUGUGUAGUCGCAGAAAUUGCUAUAGUAACCUCGUCGUCAUAGUUGCCAUGGAAAUUUAGCUACCAGGUCGUCAAAUCUCACAACUUACAUUCUUUAAAAGGCCUACGAUCGUUUGGGCUUUGUUAUACAAAGUGAUGUCUUGUUGAAAGUUGCUUUCUUAUUGGUUCAAAAAGCAAAGAUGGCGAAUUUUUUUCGUAUGUGAGAAAAUAGGGCAAAGGUUCUUAGGUGUACUUGGACUAUUAGAAACGUACAACAGAAUUCAUUUACACAUUAAAUAUAAAAAAUAC